AUGGGGAGAAAGCCCUCCAGAAUUGAUAAGAACUUGACCCAAAAAACGAAGGCUACCAAGUUCGAGUUUCCUGAUGCAGUUUUAAGCCUGAACUCAAGCCUCAAACGUUAUGAGUAUCUUCCGGUACCCGAAUGCAUAAUGGACGAUAAAGUUAUCAUCAUUAACAAGUUCCUUUCAGAUCUAGUUAGCCAAGAACUAUGUAGUAGCUUCUCACAAGCAGGGGUAAUGGAGCUUUUCAGACAGCGUGGCACAAAAGAAUAUGCGGAGCGAAUAAAUGACAGAUUCGCAUCAUAUAAUCCCAAGGUUGCUGGAAUUUUAUGGGAAAGACUCUUGAAGUGCCUCUCGCAAGACGACCACGUCAUGGAAACUCUAGGAUUCAUGAAUGCAAAGGGUCUCAACCCUCAGUUACGAACAUAUAGGUAUGGAAAGGGGCACAUGUUUGCCAAGCAUUACGAUUCUUCAGUGGUGGUUCCAAAUGAAGGAACCACGCGAUGGACUCUAUUAGUUUAUUUAACUGGUGGGGAUCAGUUAGUAGGCGGGGACACGAUUUUCUAUUCAGCUAGUAAUCAAAAAUAUCCUGCUGUGCAUCCUCAGGUUGGAAUGGCCCUUUUACACAAGCAUGGGGACGAUUGUUUGUUGCAUGAAGCUCAGGAAGUAUACGACGGUGUCAAAUGGGUCUUAAGAAGUGACGUAGUAUUUUGA